CGCCAGGACCCCAUCACUUCCUCCAGAACGCGCUCUCACACGGAUUUCUGCAUUGCUGUGAGGAGGGGUCUGCUCAUCUGGGUGCCUGGUGCAUGCUCUGCUCUGAGGAGGCCGUUCCGUCUUAAGACCUGUUGCAGUCUCCGAAUAUAAACCCCCCUUUGUUGGGGAGAAGUUGACUUGACUGAGCCGCAUGAUCAGAGUCAGGUGACAAAACUGGGCACAAAAGCGGAGGAGAAUGAGCAGCUGGGUGAGGGCGUUAGCUGCUGAUCUUGCCAUUUGACAGGCUGUGUUACUCCUCAGGGAAAAAUGAGUGCCUGGCCCUGUCCUCUGCUGUGGAGCUUAACCAUGGUGUGUCUAACAGGUAUUGCUUUAGGUCAGACAACCAGCACUGAAGCUGCCAUUUCAUCAACUCUAGCACCUCCCAGUGCAACCAGCACUGGGGUUCCCAUUUUAUCAACCCCAGCACCUCCCAGUGCAACCAGCACUGAGGUCCCCAUUGCAUCCACCCCAGCAGCCCCCAGUGCAACCACUGCUGUGGCCUCUGCUCCCCCAGCGGCUCCUGCAACACUCUCAGCUGGACUGACACCAACCACUGCAAACUCUGCUGCAUCCACAGCAGCUCCAUCUGCUGAUCCAAGCACAGAAACCCCUGCCCAGACUCUGCCCACUACCAUGGGGACUGUCCCCACCUCUGGCAGCACGGCCGCCUCUCAAGCGUCUGCAGGACUGAUGGCCACAUCCAGCAGUGCCCCAGUGUCCCCUCCAGGAGUGACCACAUCCCCUGGGGUCCCGUCGGCAGCUCCGCUCCCCACCACCCCCCAGCCCUCCAACUGCAGCAGAGUGAAUGUGACAGCCUGUGCCCGCUGCCCCCCAGGGACAGUCCCCAACCAAGGCACCUUGAGCUGCUCGUGCUGCAUGGGGGGCUUGUGCACAGACCCCAGUGCCUGCACACCCUGCCUACCAGGCCACUACCAGCCCCAAAGUGGGCAACCAUCCUGCCUGCCCUGCCCACAGGGGUAUUACACCAGCUUCCCAAGAAGCACCGUGUGCCUUCCCUGCCCGCCUGGACAUUUUGCUAAUGAGCCUGGGGCUGCAGCCUGCAGAGCCUGUGAGCGAGGCUAUUUUAGCUCCAAGCAAAAUGCAGCUUUUUGUCUGCCUUGCCAGCCAGGAUCAUUUUGCAACACCACCAGCUGCUCGGCCUGCCUGCCCUGCCCCGGGGGGCAAGAGGCUCCUCGGGAGGCGUCGGAGGGGUGCGAGUCCUGCCUGCCAGGUACAUUCAAAGGUCUCAGUGACAACAGGUGCAAGGCCUGCAGGACAGGAGAGUACCAAUUACAACGGGGCAAGGAGAGCUGUGACCUGUGCCCAGAAAACCACUACUGCCCUAGCCCAGAUGUGAACCCCAUCAAGUGCCCUCCUGAUGCCUUCUGCCCCAGGGGCAGUGUGGAGCCCACCUACUGCAUGGAGCUCUUCCUGUACAAAGUGGGGGACUCCUGCCAGCUGACCCCUGCCAUGAUCAUUGUCCUGGCCACCUUCUCAGCAGGUGCAAUCCUUGUUGUCUUUCUAAUAAUUCUGAGGAGGCGGCAAGAACAUGGCAAGAAAUCCUUGAAGUCCCUGUUGCUGCUCCGGGGCUCGGGAGGACACACCACAUACGGGGGCACGGAGGACACAGAGCCAGUCUAUGCUGGCUGGUAGCACAGGCCAUGAUCAGCAGCCACCGGCCUCUCUUUCCCCUGGGGCAACACAGAUGUGGAACUGGGCAAGAUGUUUAACCACGAGCAACCUAUUUCUGUAUAGCUAAAAUCAGUGCUGGGAAAUAAAACUCAAGUUUUUA